CUCAAGGCCUCCAUGGCGCCACAUCCGGCCCAGACCGGAAGCCGCCUCGGCCCGGCCGCUCUGCCCUCACGAGCGCCGCCGCCGCCGCGGGGCGUGCCGGGAAAAGGGGCCGGUCGCCAUGGAGACGGGCGCGGCCUAGCCCGGCCUAGCGAGGCAGCUUCUCUCCCGCUAAACUCUACGAGCCGAAGCCGCUUCUUCCAAGCCGGAGGAAGAGGCGGAGGGAGGCAUGGCUGUUCCCGGAAAGGAGGCUGUUGGCUUCGCGGGCCUGCAGGUGCUGCUCGUCCUGUUCCACCUGGGCAGCGGAGGCGAAGGCGGCGGCGGCGGCGCCUGGGACCCGUCGGGAUACUUACUCUACUGCCCCUGCAUGGAUUUGGGAACCAAGCAGACCAUUUUCUGGGCUCUUUGGCGUUUGCUAAAAUGGUGAAUCGGACCUUAGCUGUGCCCCCCUGGAUUGAGUACCGGUAUCACAGGCCUCCCUACACAAAUCAGCACGUUCCCUACAAAGAAUACUUCAAGCUGGCGCCUCUCCUGGAGUACCACCGGGUCAUCACUUUGGAGGAAUUUAUGGAAAAGUUGGCACCCAUCCACUGGCCUCCUGGCAAGCGAGUGGCAUACUGCUUUGAAGCAGCAGCUCAGAGGAGUGCUGACAAAAGGACUUGCCCCAUGAAGGAUGGAAACCCCUUUGGCCCCUUUUGGGAUCAGUUUGCUGUGGAUUUCGAUAGGUCGGAGCUGUUUGGAGGCCUCUCCUUCAGUGCCUCUUACAAGGACCACUGGAUUCGAAGGUUUCCCUCCUCUGAACAUCCUGUUGUGGCUCUUCCGGGGGCCCCAGCCCAGUUUCCAGUUCUGGAAGAGUACCGGUCCCUGCAUCAGUACAUGGUAUGGUCUGAUGAGAUGGUGAAGAAAGGCGAGUCCUAUAUUAAUUCGUUCCUGGUCAGACCCUACGUGGGAAUCCAUUUGCGUGUCGGUUCAGACUGGAAAAAUGCAUGCAAUAUGUUGAAAGAUGGCACUGCUGGGUCUCAUUUAAUGGCGUCGCCACAGUGUGUGGGCUAUGAUCGGAACACCGCUGCACCCCUUACCAUGGAUAUGUGUCUGCCAGGCCUGAAAGAGAUAAAACGAGCGCUAAGACUCUGGGUGAAGAAGACAGAUGCAAAAGCUGUGUACAUCGCCAGCGACUCUGAACCUUAUACGAAGGAAAUACAGCAGCUUUUCAAACAAAAGAUAAAAGUGGUGUACCUGCAGCCUGAAGUGCCCCAGGUAGAUUUGUACAUUCUCAGCAAGUCUGACCAUUUCAUUGGAAACUGUGUUUCUUCCUUUACUGCCUUUGUGAAAAGAGAACGCGAUGUGCAUGGGAGACCCUCGUCCUUUUUUGGCAUGGACUAUCCACCCACGUCGCGGGACGAAUUGUAGCCCCUAGAGGAAGAGAUGCCUUUCGACCCACUAUUUGCAUACAGUUCUCAUAAAUACAAGGUCUCCCUCAAAGCAAGCACUGGAUAUAUCUGGAUUCUACAGGUUCAUCCUCAUGGCAAUCCUUGAAUAUUACUAGAACGUGACCUGAAAGGAGAAGUGGAUGACUUCCAGGAAACAUUCCCUCCUCCCACAGUUGUGGUUCAAAUAAGCAAACCCACUCCCGUUCCUCUCUUCCCCUUUCUGUGCUGUCUUGCUACCUCUUCUGGAAUUAAUGACUGGUCUGGUGCUUCCUUAAUGCACAGUAUUCUCAAGACAGCUUGUUCACUGACAAGAAGUGUUCUGACAUUAAGAACUGGGAACCAGCAGAUACGUUCUCAGUUGUGCAACCGACUGACAUUUGCCUUGUGUGCUUUUGUUUUCUGAGCUGCCAAAUGGAUUCAAUUCUCAUUCCUCCUUGCUGGGAGUGGGGAGACUAUAAGCAAAUGAUUUUGCUAUCAGCUGUGACACGUUAUGGGACUUUCACAGGAGUUUUAGUCCUAAUAACUCUGGUGCCCUGUGGACCAGUUCUGUUUGAGGCAAUUCCCAGGUAGCAUAGAGAUACUUUUUUUUUUUAAUCCUAUUAAACAAGAGCCUUUUAUAGCAGUUUUGUAUUUUACAAACUGGGCAGUCUAAGCACUGUACACAGUAUAAAAUAGAAGUUAAGAAAUAAUCUCCUUUUUGAAACACCAUAAUAAUUCGUAAAUCAAAUAUUAUGCACCUUUUAUUGGGCCCAUUUGCAACUUCGCUGAGAGCUCAGUGCAUCAGUUGCAUUUUAAUGGCUUGUGGUGGGUCAGCAAUCAUGUCUUUCUGAGCUCUCUAUUCUGGAAACCCAGCCUGGCUGCCGUCUUGAAACUAUUUUGUUGCAUUGAGCAAGGGGUUGGACUAGGAGACCUCCAAGAUUCCUUCCAACUCUUGUACACUCAUUCUUUGAGCAUCCUUUUUAUGUUUAGAAGCUGUGACCUUUUAAAAGUCUCUGAAAGGAAUAACCACUUGGUCCACUUUGAAUUUCAGAUGUUUACUUUUGAGUCUCUUGAAAAGAGGAGCCAACAGAUAAUGGAUCUUGAUUUUUUUGUUUUAAAGUGUUUAUGCACUUUUCUCUGCAUAAUUGCUCUGAAAUCAUGAUUCAGCUUUCUCACUGUACAUCUGAACUAUGCUCACUAAUUUACCUAUUGAGUUUUCCCACAGAAAAAUCCUCAGGCAGGAGAUCUGCAAACUGUCAGGUUAACCUAGUUCAUGUUAUGUUUCCUCAUCAUAUCAGUAGUAACUUUCUGUGGUGACAGUGCAGCAUCUUGCCCUCUGAUAAUUAUCUGCUCCUGUGCAUUCUGAACAUCAGUUGACAAAUUGUCCUGGCUGCUGACUGCAAGCCUGAACUAUCCUUCCAUCUGCACUCUAUAUUAAGACUGAAUAUGUUGUGCUGGGGGAAAUAACUUUCUGGAGCUUUCUAUUUGCUUUAUUGGGCUUAAAUUGCACAGACAGCAUUUUUAGCCUCUGUAUCUUCCUUUUAGGUGUUGAUGAAACAAUCUUGCAAUAGCAGGAUUGAAUUGCAAAUGACCUUUUCCUAGGUUUGGUUGCUUGUGGUAGCAGCAUUGCCUCCAGUCUCUUUUCUGUCUUCCUCUGCCAUCUUCUGAAAAGACUCUGGUUCAUAAAUGCUAACAGUUUCAGCUGACCAGUAAACACUUUUAUAAGCAGCAACUUUGCAAGUUUAUUAAUUUAAUCACUACCUUGCAUCACUUACUUUAUUGAUAGCGAAUUAUCACUGGCAAGCUACAAAUCUGAAAACCAGCAUUGUAUUUGCUGGAAAGGUCUUUGCUCAUCUUUAUGAAGUACUGAAGAAGUUUGUUUAAAAGUUCCGUCUUAAAAGGUAUAGAGAAGCACUAGGCUUGGAAGAGAAAUGCAGUUCCUGUGUUUUGGUAGAUUCUGCAGUGAAACCAUGUGUUCCAAAGCUACCUGUAAUAUGGAUGAUAAUGAUGGUGAUGAUCAAAUGAAAAAAAGACUCUCAAUAGAUUGUCCAGAAAUAUUUAUGAAGAACAACAAAAAAACCCAAAGAAGGCUGAGGCUGUGACAGCACAUGGAGAUGAUCUCUGACUUCAUCUGUUAGGUGGGAUCCUCCCUUCUGCUUGAGCUUCUGAAAGAAUACAGUAUUUUGAUUCCAAAGAUCAGUAAGUGCCACAAUAUUUCCGUCUGGAGCAGCAAGAACAAACAGUUACUCUUCUGCAAUUCGUCAAUAAGUAUAAGAAUAUAGCAAUUUCCUUGAUGGAUCAGGCAAAGGUCCACCUUAAACCAACCUUUUCUUCCCAACAGCAGCCAUCCAGAAGACAAUGGAAGGGCCUGAAGGCAGCAGUUCUCCUCACCAGCUCAUCUCCAUCUUGUAUAUCAAGUUAUAUUUCCAUAUGCAAGUUCUGAUUAGCUGUUAUGGCUAAUGGCCGUUUGUAGAUUUCACCUCCAAGAAUCUGAAAAAAAGCUGUUUUACUGCCUGAUAAACCCAUGGAUAGCUCCACAUAUUAUCAAAGGAAGUUCCAGAGAUUCAAUUAUGUCCUGUGGCAAAACUUACCUUUUUUGUCUGCCCGGCAGUAGGUGGUUAGGUCUGUUUUGUUAGACGAACCUGGGUUUCCAGUAUUAUGAGAGGUAAGGGGAAUCUCCCUUUUUGCUCUCCACACUAUUCAUAGUUUUGUAAACUCUUUAUCAUGUAUGCGAAGUUACUCUGCAGUUCAUAUAUUUAUAUAUAAAGACCAUUGUCUCUUAGCCAGCCCUGAAGCAUCAACAUUCGUAUCUGGAGGCUUCCUAAUGGGCAUGAGAAUCCUCUGUGCUAUACCUUCAAUAUAUCUUGCCUCUUUGUGGGAGGAAAUGCCAAUCUCUGGUUUUAAAUGCAGCUAAUGAAAUAUUUUUAAGGUGGCAAUCCUGUACACCAGGCUUCCUCAACCUCGGCCCUCCAGAUGUCUUGAGACUACAAUUCCCAUCAUCCUUGACCACUGGUCCUGAUAGCUAGAAACAUCUGGAGGACCGAGGUUGAGGAAGCCUGGUGUACACCAUUAUCUGGAAGUAAGUCCCAGUGAAUUCAGUGUAGAUACUCAUAGGGCUGUGCUAUUAAUGAUGUUGACCAUAUGGAAUUUGCAGGGGUGCAGCUACACCGUGCCAUGAGGAGGCAAUUCAUCCAUGGGGUGCAGCCUCACCAGCAUUUGUGUACAGUGGUACCUCGGGUUACAGACUCCGCUAACCCGGAAGUAGUACCUCAGGUUAAGAACAGUUUCAGGUUAAGAACGGAUCUCCAGAACGAAUUAAGUUCGUAACCAGAGGUACCACUGUAAACUCCAUUUAUGUGGCUGGCUCAGAAUGGAGGACAUCUGGGGUAUUUGUGUGCUAUGCACAAUAUCAGAAGCCAUGUUUUACUUUUUAAAAAAAUUAACUGAUGUACAGAGGAUAACUUUGUGAUUUUCAUUUUCAUAAUAAAACAUUAAUCUUU